CGUCGAUUCACAAACACACUACUGUUAGUAAAAGUAACAGAUGACUUCGUCAGAUUUAGCAACGAACGCCCAAACACGAUAGCGAGACGUACGAAACAUAGGUUGAACGGUUUAUUAUCCUAUACCAGGUAGCGAACGCGUUUCAAUGGCAGGAGACGAAAGUGUCUUUCUGAGAGCGAAGGAUCGGAGUUAUAAGGGGCUGACAGAAGAUGAACAGAAGGAUUGGAGUGGGCCCUUUUACUUCGUCCAGGCUGCGGACCCCCAGCUUGGCCUGAUGAAGGCGUGGAGAAUAGGAGACUGUGAUUCAGGAGGGGAUGAGUGGACUGAGGAGGUUCAGCUCACAAAACAGGCAGUUCAGGCAAUCAACAAACUACAGCCCAGACCUCGCUUCUUGGUCCUGUGUGGAGACCUGGUCCAUGCUAUGCCUGGAUGCCCAUUCAGAGAAGAACAGGUUAAGGACCUCAAAGAAGCACUGAGAGGAAGUGACCCCGACAUUCCUCUAGUGUUUGUCAGUGGCAACCAUGAUCUCGGCAACACACCCACUCCGGAGAGCGUAGAGCAGUUCUGCCGUGACUGGGGCGAUGAUUACUUUAGUUUUUGGGUGGGUGGUGUUUUGUGUUUGGUGUUGAACUCUCAGUUCUUCUUCGACUCAUCAGGCUGCCCUGAGUUAAUGGAGGCCCAUGAGGUCUGGCUGGAGAGCCAGCUGCAAAGAGCCACCCAGACCCUCUCCCGCCACGUGCUUGUCUUCCAGCACAUUCCACUCUUCCUCAAUAAACCUGACGAAGAGGAUGACUACUUCAACCUGCAGAAGGGAAUCAGAGAGCGCUUGAUCCAGAGAUUCAAACAAGCAGGGGUGAAAGCUGUGUUCUCCGGGCACUACCACAGAAAUGCAGGGGGCUGCUAUGAUGGGCUGGAUAUGGUGGUGAGCUCCGCUGUUGGUUGUCAGCUAGGAGAUGACACUCACGGUGUGCGAGUGGUAGUAGUUACUGAAGAUGACAUCAUCCAUCGCUACCAUAGUCUGGACCAAUUAACCCAAAGAGGAAUGGACGAAGACCUGAAGAAAUUGUUGGUUUGAAUCCACCUCCAGGUCACUAAUCAUGUGAUUGCAUCUUCAUCUUCAGCAUUCAUUCUAGAAACUGAGCCGUUGAUUGUACAGUUAGAGUUUUCAGGUGUGUUUUUUACAGGAAUGAAAAGUCUUACAUUCUGAUUACAUUAGCAAGCAUUAAAAAUUCGAACCAGUGACUCUUUUGAUCUUUGAUA